UAAUGGACAUUAAUAAAGUAAAUAUAUGGCUAGACUGUGAUGUUGGCAAUGAUGAUGCUAUGGCAGUCAUUUUAUCAUUGUUUCAUCCAAGAUCUAAUUUACUUGGAAUUUCCACAUGUUUUGGUAAUACAAGGUAAGAGUUUGUAUUAAAAAUAGUCUUGAAAACUGUACAGAUAAUACAAUUCGAUUAUUAAGUUCAGUAGGACGAACUGAUGUACCAGUUUAUAAAGGAGCAGAAUUUUCUUUAAAAUCUACAAGAGCUACAACUAAAAUGCAUGGUUCAUAAGGUAAAUUAAUUAAUAAAUGUUAGGAUUGUAUGCAGCUGAUAGAUUGAUAUCUUCCUUCAAGCCUUUAGAAAACAUUGAAUUAUAUGAUUUGAUUAAAUAGACUGCUAAAGAUCAAGAAGUAUUAAAAUAUAUUAAAUUAGUUUGUUAUUGUUAUCACAGGACCAUAGACUAACAUUGCUAAAUUAUUGAAGGAUCACGAAGACAUAAUUCCUUAGAUUUAACAGAUAGUAUUUAUGGGUGGAACAUCAGGAUUUGGAAAUGUUACACCUAAUUCUGAAUACAAUAUUUAUUCAGAUCCUGAGGCUGCCCAAUUUGUAAUUGAUACAUGUAGAUAACAUUCAUUGAAAUUGGUGAUGAUUUCGUUAGAUUUAACUUACGUACUAUUCAAUAAUUUAUUAAUAUCUUAGACAUGUUAAUUAUUAGAACCCCUUUAAUAAAGAAUUAAGAAUAUAAAUUCUAAAUUCUCAGAUUGGUGUUUGGAAAUGCUUUAAGAAUAUUAAGCUGCAUAUAAGGCAUAAGAAUUUGAAUAUCCUCCAAUUCAUGAUCGUAAUAUAUAUUGAUCUUAAGAUUAGCCGUUGCUGUAUUUUAUGCAUUACAUCCAGAAUUGUAUGUUAUAAAACCUGUUUAUUGUGCAGUUGAGUGUGAUUCUAAAUUAUGUUAUGGAAGAACUGUUGUUGAUAAAUAAGAUGUUUAUGGAUUUGAACCAACUUUAUUGUUUGCAAGAAAAGUAAUUGUUGAUGAAUUUUGGAAUUAAAUGAUUGAAGCAAUUAAACUUGCAGCAAAGAAUUCAAAAAUUGAAUGAUUU